GUACGCUUUGUUGAGAUGUCUUGCAAUUUAUUAAGUACAUGAGAAGAAUUGCAACUGCAAAAGCAUUCCAAUUAUGAUGAAAAAUAAUGCAACCACAUUGUUUUUCAUUCUUUGUUUUCCUGAUCCUCGUGAACUGUUCUGUUUUUUUCUGUUAAUUUGAUAUUCUGAGUUGUAGAUUGUGUGUCUAGAAUUGAACAGGUGGAAGGAUGAAGAAAAUUCUUUAGUAGCGAGGAGGAUAGCCAGGUGCAUUUUUUGGGUGAGGAUAAUUGAUGAGGAAGGGUUUGCACAAGGAAAUUAGAUGAGUCACGUGUAACAACAGUGUUACAUGUGGCAUGUAAAUAGGCUCUGCAAGUACCUGUUGUUUCAGCUAAAUAAAUCCCAACCAAUAUUCACACAAAGGGGAAUAUGAUAAUUAAUACCAAUACACAAAAGUGAGAAGGGAAGGACUAGGAGGAAUGAAAGUUAAAUACCCGGUAUUAUCAAACCUUUUUUAUUUUUUAUUUUUGCUCAUAUGUCCAAAUAGUGUCAUUGCUUUGGAGUCCUCUCCCUAUUUAAACAUCAUCACUUAUUUUGGCUCCCAAGCACUAGUUCUCCCUCUCCCACUCUCUCUCUCUCUUCUCAAGAACCUUGAGAGAUACCAAAAUUAGCAAAAGGAAAAGAAAAAUGAGUCAUCUCAGCUUCAAAAGCCUCACAUUUUUGUUUUUGAUUGCUUUUCUUGUGUGGUCUUCGAGUAUUGAAACUUGCAUUGCUAGAAGAGGCAAGCAUUGGAGGCGGAGCAGGCUUACAGCAGCUUCACUAUCUAAGAAGAAAGGAAAAGGUCAUGGUAAUCACAAUUACCACAAAGGAGGAUCAAAGCCUAAAGCUCCUUCUCAUAAAACUCCUCCAUCUCCUAAGCCGAAAGCUCCUCCAUCACCCAAGCCCAAAGAAGAAGUCCCUUCAACGCCACCGCCCCAGAAAGGUUACGGCAGCGGACAGCAUUCUGACGUCUUCGACGUGGUAGAUUUUGGCGCCAAGGGUGAUGGGAAAACUGAUGAUACCAAGGCAUUCCAAUCCGCAUGGGCAGCUGCAUGUAAAGUGGAAGCAUCAACGGUUGUCGUUCCAGCUGAAUUCGUGUUCCUUGUAGGACCCAUUUCAUUCUCUGGUCCAUACUGCCAAGCAAACAUUGUAUUUCAGCUGGAUGGUACAAUAAUUGCUCCAGCUGACUCUCAACCCUGGGGUCAAGGAAUUUUACAAUGGCUUGAAUUCUCAAAGCUGAGAGGUAUAACAGUUCAGGGAAAAGGUAUCAUUGAUGGAAGAGGCUCAGGGUGGUGGCAAGAUGCCCCAUACGAAGAUCCCUAUGAUGAUGAAAGAAAACUCAUAAUCCCACUAAACAGCAUAGUUCAAGAAAUGCCACCAAUGCCGGUCAGAAAUGAACUUAGUGGAAAAAUGCCAAGCAUCAAACCAACAGCACUUAGGUUUUAUGGGAGUUUUAAUGUGACAGUCACAGGCAUAACAAUUCAAAACAGUCCUCAAUGCCAUCUCAAGUUUGAUAAUUGCAUGGGAGUCGUGGUGCAUGAUAUGACCGUUUCAUCUCCUGGGGACAGUCCUAACACAGAUGGAAUCCACCUACAAAACUCCAAAGAUGUGCUAAUUCAUGGCAGUAAUCUUGCCUGUGGUGAUGACUGUGUUUCCAUACAAACAGGAUGCUCAAAUGUAUACAUUCACAACGUGAACUGUGGACCAGGGCAUGGGAUCAGCAUUGGAAGCUUGGGAAAGGAUAAUACCAAAGCCUGUGUCUCAAACAUCACUGUCCGUGAUAUCAUUAUGCAAAACACGAUGAAUGGUGUCAGAAUAAAAACAUGGCAGGGUGGAUCGGGCUCUGUGCAGGGGGUUCUGUUCUCAAACAUUCAAGUUUCUGAGGUCCAACUUCCAAUUGUGAUUGAUCAAUAUUACUGUGACAAAAGGGCAUGUAAGAAUGAAACCGCUGCAGUUGCUCUAUCAGGAAUCACCUAUGAAAAAAUAAGAGGGACAUACACAGUAAAACCUGUGCACUUAGCCUGUAGCGACAGCCUUCCAUGUAUAGGUGUAACUCUAUCUGCCAUUGAGCUAAAGCCACUGCAGGAACGCUACCACCUAUAUGAUCCAUUUUGCUGGCAAAGUUUUGGAGAGUUGACCACCCCCACUGUCCCUCCAAUCAGUUGUUUACAGAUUGGCAAGCCGUCGAAUAACAGAGUCCAAGCUGAUCAUGAUGUGUGCUGAGCUUAGUCUAGGUAAUUUAUGGUGUAUCCGCUUGUGAGGUCGGCAUGGUUUUCUGACCCCUUUCACACCAUCGGUUUAUUAGGUAUAGAGUGUAAAUUUAGGCAUCAUCCUAGUUUAUAGGCAUUCUUCUUUGAUGGGAUUACACUCGUUCCCAGUUCCCACUAUGUGAGAUUAUACAGGCAAGGCAUUCUUCUUUGAUGGGAUUACACUCGUUCCCAGUUCCCACUAUGUGAGAUUAUACAGGCAAGGCAUUCUUCUUUGAUGGGAUUACACUCGUUCCCAGUUCCCACUAUGUGAGAUUAUACAGGCAUGUUAUCAGGUCGAGUCCAAUACUGCAGUACAAAGACUGCCUUGUUUGUUAAGGCAGAUUAUUUGAUUGUGAGAUAUUAUACAAAUGCAUUAUCAACUAGAUGUGCAUCAAUAAAUUGCUAUAUGUCUACA